AUGUCAACAUCAACUUCCCCACUCUCAUUGCAAGCUACACCCGUUCCCUCGCCGACACAAUUGCAAUUGACACGUAAAACUCUUAAGAUGAAGAAAAAGAGCGAAGCAUCCAGCAGCGCACUAGUAUUGGUGGGAUUAAUUUUUCUUGGUGUAUUAUUCGCGCUUGUUGUUAUGGCCUUCUUUGCCUACGCUCCACUUUUGUGUGCGUCGUGGAUUGGAAUUAUGUAUGUCAUCGGACUAUACCUGUCUACAGAGUCUUCAAAGUGGCGUUGGCAUGAUGCACAGGAGUUUGAAAACCGCUUUUGGACCGGCACCGCAUUUUUAUUUAGCGCUGCAGUGCUAUAUGUGAAAGACUCGCCACUUGCAGUCGGCCAAUGGAGCUCAACGCUUGGCUUGGUACUCGUUUUUAUUUUUACAAUGAGUGUGCAUUUUUUCGACAGGUUCCUGCAUAGGCAAGAAAUCAGUCGUCGGCCGAAGCUAAAGGAAGCAUCCAGGCAAUUUUCACAAAAUUUAUUUAAAUACAAAGCCACGGCAGAAGAGAAGACUCUUCUUGUAAUGGAGUGCGUGAGUCGCAUCGAUCGUCAUUAUUUACCCAGUACCAUCAACAAUAUGAUAAAUUUCGCUGAAGUAAAACGACGAGAGCUUAAAAUCUAUCGGAUUCUUGCAGGAGCGGGCAAGGACGAGCUAAAUUACAUUUUAAACCAUAUUCAGCUCGCACUGCUUUUCUACAAAGUGAAGGACCAUUCAAAUGUGCGCGAGGAUCAAAGUCGCACAUUAAUUCUUGAUUUGUUGUGUACCACACGAUUGGCGGAUUUGUCUGUCAUGUCCCGAGCAGUGUUGUUAGACGCACUAAUGGUAAUGAAGAUCAGUGCUCAUCCCAUGGCUCAAAAGUGGGUUCGCAAUAUUAUUUUAAAGACGCAGGGCGACGAUUUAAGCAAUUUAAAGACUUACACCGAUGCAAAAGGUGAUUUUCAUAGUAUGCACAAAUUAGUUUUUAACGAUGUCCGGGACCCGAUAAUUCGAGCUGAUAUUCUGAGCCACAUACAGCGCGAAGCUAGCGUACAAAUUGCGCACUCACGAUUGGGAACGAAGCGGGGUCGAAAUCGUAAGCAGCAGGCAUGGCGAAAGGUGUUGAGCGAUGUGGACGAUACGCUGUAUUCUUCAGGUGGACGUUAUCCAGCAGGUUUGGACACACGAUUUCCUCGACACACUUUGUAUCCAGGUGUUCUUCCAUUCUAUCGUGAACUUGAUAUGGGCACAGUGGGGCCAGACGAUUGGACAGACGAUCGAAUUGGUAAUUUGGUGUUUAUCUCCGCUCGACCACAUGUUUACAAGGAUGUAUCCGAGAAAAAGUCGUACGCUAAGUUUGCAGCUUUGCACGAAAAGAUGGGAAUGCACACGCUGCCCACGCUUCUUGCUGGCAAUUUGACAUCAGGCCGCGCUUUUAUGUGGCAAGGGGACCUAGAACCUAUGGCGCAGAAAAAGUUUGAAAACUUUGGCGAAUUUUACCAACUGUAUCCGGAAUUCAAGCACGUUUUUGUUGGUGACAAUGGUCAAGGUGAUGUAAGAGCAGCGGAGUUAAUUGUAGAGAAAUUUGGACCUGAUGUGCUAGAAGCCGGCUUUUUUCAUCGCGUGCAGCCUUUGGAAAAGAUGUUUAAUUAUCAUUCGAAAGAAGAUUUGGUCCGUUGGCGCAAGAUGAAUAUUUUCUUUUUUGAUACGUACGUGGGUGCAGCAGUCGAAGCAUAUGGCAUGAAAAUGAUUCGACUUAGCGGACUAAAAAAGAUCUGCGAUGAUGCUGGCCAGUCAUUUGAAGCUAUUCAGACGUGGCUCACUUCGCAAAGUCGGGAACGUGCGAGGCUCCUGUUGAAUCGUGAUCUUGGCACGGCAAAUGCAUUUCUGUCGAAAAAAUUUGGCCCUACUUCUCUAGUUAUAAAACCUCAAGUGUUCGCUUUAAAUGACAUCGUUCGCACGCCGAUCGGUCGUGGUAUCGUUCGUAAAUAUCGCGGUAUCGAUGGCAUUUAUCACGUAGAUUUGACUGAUUGGCCACCAUCAGGAAGCAAAAAACGCGCGCAAGCAUUUUUACCGGAUGAUAGCCUUGUAAGCUGUGAAUGUUUGGCAUCUUCGGGUCUUUCUAAAAGCUCAAUUAAAUACGUCAAAUUUCAUCGCUCGCCUCCUGCCCGGAUAUUUGCUUCACAUUCUCUAGUGAAAACGCUUUUUGGUAUCGGUCGUGUGAUAUCUUAUCGCACCGAAGACAAUAUAUAUGCGGUGUCAAUUCCUGGAGACCAAACAAUGCUGCACAUAACGGCAUUUUUGAACGAGAAUUCGCUGCAACCUGUGGAAGAUGAAUAUAUUCAAAAUUAUGCUACGAGUGAUCAGACGUCUCCGCGAAUUUUCGCUGGUGUGCGAUCCGGCAUCGGCUUUAUUACAAAAAAAUUAAUCACGUUUGUUCCCAGUGGAUCUGUAACCAAGCCAUUGUUUGCUGAGACGAUGGUCGUUGAUUCGCCGUUUGGACGUGGUGUCGUUGUUCAUUUUCGUGACAAAGAUCGCGUUAACGAAUUGCGAUUGUUUAAUAGCGAUAUUAGAACUCAGAGUGGUGAGCUGCCAUCGCUAACUAGCGCAUUCGUACAGGAGCGAUACCUUCAGCUGUCACCGGUAUCCCCACCUCGACGCUUUCUUUCUAUGCUUCGAUUGGGUUCCAGCAAAAGUGCAACAGUGCUACCCGCUGGACCUGUUUCGACUGGCUCCGACGCAAAUACACCAUACGGAAGGGCUAUCGUUAGGAGUUAUCGAGAAGAAGAUGAGGUGUACGUACUAGAGCUGACUGACUGGGCUAUGACGGCAAAGAAUCCCGUGGUGGCCCAUCUCAGGAAAGACUUUGUUAGUCUUAAUGUUCAAGCUGCUCCAGCGCUUGCAUUUGCUUCAGAGAUGUCUGUCAAAAAAAAGGGACCUGCAUCUUCAGGAAGUCACGGGUUCUUUCAAAUGUUUAGAUACGGUUUCUCGACGCGCGCUUCAACGCAAACGAUAAGGAAUCCAUACGCAAAUGAGAUUGGUAUCAAGCGAUAUAUCGACACAGUUUUCGGGGUAGCCAACACAAGCAUGAGCAAGCCAUACCAUGGAUGUCUGAAGGCUACUUUGGUAAACCCAAAUUUCAGCUGUACUGUAGCUUAUGUUCAGGCCAAAGAAACCCAAGAGAUUGUGCAGGCCCCCACGCCAAGAAGACGCAACACAUUAGAAUUGCUGGUGAAAAAACCGCUUAUUUACUUAAUAUCGGGAUCCGACGAGAACAUCACCUCGGGGAGUCCGAUUUUACCGGAGACUAUAUUUGCAAAAGGGUCUUUCGUAGUGACGCCAUUUGGGGAGGGUGUCAUUCGCACACAUCGUCGCGUCGACGACAUGUACAUUGUGGACUUAUCAGGAGUGUACGGAUACUUUCAUGUUACUAGCCUACGACGACCUGUGCGUGGUGUUGUGGGACAGCCAGUUGAUACAAUUUAUGGAUCAGGUGUGCUCGAAGACGUGCGAGAGAAAGAUGGUGUGCAUGUAGUUGUCUUAAGGCUCGGACUGACGUCCGCUCAAGCUCACGCAUACCUAAAUCCAUCUAGUGUAAUCGGAGCAAUCAAAGCUUCACGUGGCGAUGUAGUUAUGACUCCUUUUGGUUCAGGCAUUGUGAUGCAGUAUCGUCCGUACGAUGGCUGCUACCUCGUCUCACUUGACUGGAAUACGGAAGGUCAUAGUCACGUUUCAGCUUACAUUAAUAAUGAUAAGAUCGUGCGCACCGGAUCGAUCAAAAGUGGCUCAAGUGGCUGCAUCGUCAUGUAG